AUGCCCCUCCAAAAAGAAAACCGCGCCCUCUCCAUCCUCAACCAUGCCGCCACAAACCGCUACGGCAUCCCCGCAAUGUGCUGCUACAACGUCGAAGGCAUCCUAGCCACAGUGCGCGCCGCAGACAAGAAGCGCUCACCAGCCAUGAUCCUCCUCUUUCCCUGGGCCGUGCACUACGCCGAUGGGAUCCUAGUUCACGCCGCCGCCGAAGCUGCACGCAAUGCCUCCGUCCCGGUCUCCGUCCACAUGGACCACGCGCAAACACCCGAGAUCAUCCGCCGCGCGGCGGACCUGGGCGGGUUCGACAGUAUCAUGGUUGACAUGUCGCAUUACGAGAAGGAGGAGAAUCUGCGGUUAACGCGGGAAUUGGUGUCUUAUUGUCAUGAGCGCGGGAUCGCGACGGAGGCUGAGCCCGGGCGUAUUGAGGGUGGGGAAGACGGGGUGGCAGAUACGGCUGAUUUGGAGGGUCUGUUGACGACGCCCGAGGAGAGUGAGGAGUUUGUUGCCACGGGGAUUGAUUGGCUUGCGCCCGCUUUUGGGAAUGUGCAUGGGGAGUAUGGGCCUCGAGGGAUUCAGUUGGAGUAUGACCGACUGCAGAGCAUUCAGGAUAAGGUUGGGGAUCGGGUGAAGCUUGUGCUGCAUGGGGCAGAUCCGUUUACAAAGGAGAUUUUCCAGAAGUGCAUUGAUUGUGGGGUGUCCAAGAUUAAUAUCAACAAGGUGUUGAAUAAUGAGUAUAUCAAAGUGCAGAGGGAGAAGGCUGGGCGGGUUCCUUUGACGGCGCUGUUGGAGGAGGCAACAAAUGAGAUGCAGAAGGCUGUCGAGCGGUGCAUGGAUAUGUUAGGGUCGACUGGCAGAUACUGA